AUGAUAUUUCAGAAGUAUAUGGCCUACCCGGGAUUCAUGAAUGUAUUAAUAGCCAAAAACCUUUAAGAGCCGUGAUUGAUAUAGAUGCUUUACAAGAAGAUAUGAAAACAACUGAUGUUAAGACGCAAGAAGAUAUUCUCAAUGGUUUAGUAAUUGCUACAUCAUCGGACUCUAGCAAGUGUAGCUACCAUAUUUUAUAUGCACCAACUCUUCUUAUUGAUCAUCACGAACUCAAAGCAUUUACUGAUUUAGUAUAUACUAUAACUAGGAAAAAAUUCGGCAAGUUUAUUGAUCGAAAAUUAUCUGGUCAAAAUUUUAAUCUUCGUCUUAUUGGUUCGGCAAAAAAAGAUCGCAUAAAGCGUAUUCUUCAAUUCUCUUUAAAUAAUGGCUGGAAUAAACUUGAUCACGUUAGGGUUCAACCGCCUUCUAGUUUGGGACUUGAAGUAAGACCUCAGAUGCUAAGUAAAGAAAAAAACAAUAAUCCAUUAAAAAUAAUCAUAGAUCAGGAUGUAUUGCAAAAAUACGCGAAACUUGUUUUGCAAAAGCAUUCUAAUUAUCUUAAAGAUUGGACUAUCGAAGAAAAUGAAGAGACGAAAGAAAACUUCUGGUUCAGUCAUGUAUGCGCUAGAAGUGGUGAAUUCAUUGUAAAAUGUUUUCGGCAAAAUAGUGAUGAGCGUGGGGAAGUUUUUGAAUGUGACCCAUCUAUUGUAGAAAAAAUUCAGCAAGAAAAUAAAAAUUUACCACAAGCCUUUCAUAAGAUAAAGGGUCCAGGAUUUCCUAAAGCUUUCGUUAAAAUGCCAUCUUGGGUCAAGUAUAAUGAGCUCCUUUUAGCAACAGAAACAUAUGAGGAGAGAUAUGUAAGACCAUUACCUAAUGAAGGCGAUAUUUAU